CAUGGAUUUCAGGGCUCUCCCGUCAAAUCCCCAACUUUCAAAUGCUCCACUACAAGCUCCAAGCCAAUCAAGCUCCAACGGUGCCAACACCCCUACCGGAACACUCCGAUCCCACAAAAGCAUAACUCACAAUGUCCAACCAACAACUCAAACCAGAAACACAGUCAAGCAAGAACACCAGAGAAACUUGCUCCGGCUCUCGAAAUCGCGAUGAACGCUUCAACACGUUGUAUGACCGCAACCUCUCCCUCCUAAAUGCCUUGCAAAGAGAAGUCGAUGCACAACGGGCCACUGUCCACCGCGCCUUCCACGGAACGCAAGAAGCUAGCGCCGCACUGGGACAGACAACCAUACGACCAAGGGCGCCAUAUUUGCGACCACUCGGGUCUUCCACGGACUUUCAGCUCUCGCGACCCAUUUCUCCACUGUGCUUGCAUGAAGCGGAGGACACCCCGAAAAGUGUGUCCAGGCCACCAUACUUGCGAGCACUUAAUUCCGCCACGGAGCUGCAGCGCUUGAGGUCCGCGUCUCCGCUGUACUUGCAUCUAGUGGAGGACGUUCCGAAAGUCGUGUUCAGGGCGCCGUAUUUGCGUCCUCGCAAGUCUGCUACCGACUUGCAGCACUUGAGACCGGUUUCUCCCUUGUGUUUGUAUGAAGUGGAGAAUGUCCAGCAAGUUGUGUUCGCUUCUGAUGCUGCGGUACGGAGGCUGGCUGCUAGUGAUGGCAGGGAGCUUGGCGGUGAUUGGACAGACGGCCAAGGUUACCAGAAUAAGGUGGAUUGCGACGGUGUGAAUAAGGAUGAGUUGGACGACGAUGAGGCGGAUGAGAAUGAAGUUGGCGAAGACGGUGACGUCGGUGAAGACAAUGAAGAACGGGAAGAUACCGCAGGUCGAGGGUCAUCUUGCACGCGCGCAAGGUGCAAGGUGUCACGCAGCAGAUUUACUGCAAAGGGGUACGAGUGACAAGCAGC